UGAUAAAACCUAUGGACACCUUAUAACACAGGAACGUGUAUAUUCCUAUCUUAUCAUUGACCUAGUCUUAUUGUGAUGCAAUCCUUCCACUGGUCUUAAUAAACUCAGGGCAAUCGGCCUACACAUAUACAAUGUGGACGAAAUCCGUAAUAAUCUUUGUGCUGGUCGGUUCCUGUUUCUCACACCCAAGUCCAACCAAGAGAUAUGACGGCCAUAGUGUCCUACAGAUAUUGCCCAAAACAAUUGGCGAUGUUCACGAGUUGAUGUCACUGGCUCAGAAAUACCACCUGGACAUCUGGAAAUCCCCCAGGUUCCUGAACGAGACGUUUGACGUCCGCGUGAACCCUGAACAAAUCGCCAACUUCGUUCAUGACGUUGAGUCACUUGGUCUCAAAGCUAACCAAUGGAUCAGUGAUCUCCAAAAAUUGAUAGACGAGGCUGAGCCUUCUCGUUCCCGUAGAGCUACCUCGUUCAGUGUUGGUUCUUUCAAUGACCAUGCCUCGAUAAAUUCUUACCUGGAUUCACUGGCCUCUAAUUCUCGUGUGUCUGUACAUUCCAUGGGGCAAACAUAUGAGGGGAGAACAAUUAAAUACGUAAAGAUAAGCAAUAACGUUGGUUCCAGCAAAAAGGCUAUCUAUGUAGAUGGAGGUAUACACGCACGUGAAUGGCUGGCCGUCUCCACAGUCCUGUACAUGAUUGAUCAGAUGGCAAACAAUCCAACACACGACCGAACCAUCGAUACUUUGCUACAAAAGUUUGAUUUCUACUUCGCCCCUGUGGUGAACCCCGACGGCUACGAGUACAGUCGAACACACGACAGGAUGUGGAGAAAGAACAGAAGACCAAUUGGCCAUGGAUGUGAUGGGGUGGAUCUCAACCGAAACUUUGCUUACCACUGGAACCCAGACAAUGGAGGGAGCCACAAUCCCUGUGAAGAAGUUCACUCAGGCACUCACGCUUCCUCGGAAAUAGAAACCAGGAAUCUGGAAAAGUUCCUCUGCGGACACGGGAAUCUCCUGGCGUACCUUAACGUACAUACAUACGGACAAUACUGGAUCUACCCCUGGGGCUAUACCCCCGUCCUACCAGCCGACUACCGCGAUCUGGAUCACCUUGGACGAACUGCAGCUUCAGCUAUCCGUCAUACUCACGGAAAAUCAUUCACUGUAGGCGAGGACACUCGGGUCUUAUACGCCGCGGCUGGUGGGGCAGACGACUACGCUAAGGGCGCCUGUGGCGUCAAGUAUUCCUACACGGUGGAGCUCCGGGACACCGGCCUCCACGGCUUUGUGGCGCCUUCGUCCUACAUCAUCCCAGCCGGAGAAGAAACAUUCGCUGGAUUUAAAGCUUUUGCAGCAGAACUUAUUCGUCACGAACAUUUAUAAUACAUUAAACGAGUAUAUUUCCUAG